AUGCAAUCGCAUCUCGUCACCCAGGAACGUGCGAAUAUAUCUAUUGUGACUGGCCCGAGUAACCCACUUCGACUCCGUCAUCGCCGGAAAGCGAAAUUUGUCCGCUCUUGGCGUCCGCUCUCCAGGCUUGGCGCCAACUCCCGCUCUACUUUGGUUGUUGGAGAAAAUCGUUUCGGCCUCGACCAAUGA